UCGCGUCACUCUCAGGCAACACGGCGGGAUUUUCAGACUCGGCGGAUAUUUUCUUCUCGUCAGGAUUCACUCAGACGUCUUAUUGACAGGCUUGAUUUUUUUAUAUAGUCACAUUUUUUGGUAACCAAGACGCAUUCGGCAUUGCGUAAGGGGGAUUAAACUGAUAAAAAAUGGACGGGAACCAGCACCAGCACCAGCACCGGUACCGCUUUGACUCCACCAGUCAGGGACGAGAGAACAAACCGCACCGGAAAAAGGCUUUCGGUGGACCCGGACCAGCACCGUACCCCACCUGGGGAAGCGAGGAGGCUGAGAAAAAGCCAAAAUUUCCCCUUAACAUCAGAACGCUUACUGAUGAUGUGCUGGACCGAUUCUCGAGUAUCCGUAUCCCCGGCAGUAAGAAGGACAGGACGCACCUUCCCUCCAUGACCAAGCAGUCCUCCUACGAUUGGUCCACCUCCUCCGAAUUUGAAGACCUGUCCUCUAGGAUCACUUCAGAGAAGGAGAUUCUUGCUCUCUUUGAGAAAAUGAUGGAGGAUAUGAACCUGAAUGAAGAUAAGAGAGCUCCACUCAGAGAGAAGGACCUGAGCAUGAAGAGAGAGAUGGUCCUUCAGUAUAUUGUUACAGCAGCCAAAACUGGCAGUCUGAAGAGCAGCAGCCAUCAGAUAUCUCCUCAAGAGUUUCUCAGUGAACUGAAAAGUGGGGCGACUGAUGAGAGGCUGUUUGCCUGCCUAGAUUCUCUCAGAGUCUCUCUCACCAGCAAUCCAGUCAGUUGGGUGCAGAGUUUCGGUCACGAGGGUCUCGGACUUCUUCUGGACACACUGGAGCGGCUGCUGCGCAAAAAACACCAAGAAAAGGUUGAUAAGAAGAGUCAGCACAAAGUCAUCCAGUGCCUAAAGGCUUUCAUGAACAACAAGUAUGGGCUGGAGCGGAUCCUCGGGGAAGAGAAGAGCCUGGAACUGCUGGCCCGAGCUAUGGAUCCUCAUCAACCCGCCAUGAUGACGGACGUCGUCAAGCUGCUCUCUGCCAUCUGCAUAGUGGGAGAGGAAAACACUUUGGAGAAGGUGCUUGAAGCCAUCACUAGUGCAGGGGAGAGAAAAGAGACCAACCGCUUCAGCCCUAUAGUCCAGGGUCUUACUGAUCGCUCUGUCCAGCUCCAGGUGGCUUGUAUGCAGCUCAUCAACGCUCUCGUUACGUCUCCUGACGAGUUGGACUUCAGGCUGCACAUCCGAAAUGAGUUCAUGCGCUGCGGCCUGCGAGAGAUAUUGCCGACCCUGGGUGCUAUCAGAAAUGAGGCCCUGGACAUCCAGCUGAAGGUGUUUGAGGAGCAUAAGGAGGAGGACAUGAUGGAGUUUUCCCAUCGCCUGGACGACAUUAAGAGCGAAUUUGACGAUGUAGGAGACGUGUUCAACGCGGUCUUCAGCCUGGUGAAGGACACGGCAGCCGAGACGCAUUUCCUCUCCAUAUUGCAGCACCUGCUGCUCGUCAGGAACGACUAUUUUGUACGGCCUCAGUACUUUAAGAUCAUAGAGGAGUGUGUGUCUCAGAUUGUACUUCAUCGCAGUGGGACAGACCCGGAUUUCUCCUACCGCAAACGUCUGGACGUGGACUUCUCUUACCUUCUAGAGGCGUGUGUGGAUAAGGCCCGGGCAGAUGAAUACGAGCAGAGAGCUUUAGACCUUGCACAGAAGUUUGAUGAAGAGAUCAUGGGGAGACAGGAGGCCGUGGCGCAGCUCUUGAAGAAGGAGGAGAAAAUCAAUGUGCUGGAGGCAGAAGUGCAGGCCUUCAGAUCUCAGUUUGGGACAGUUCCAGUGUGUGUACCUACAGGGCAGUCUGUCCCAUCCGUACCACCAGGACCUCCUCCUCCACCCCCAUUUCCUGGAGCUCCUCCUCCUCCACCUAUGCCAGCCUGUACUGCCAUGCCCGGAGUGCCUCCUCCUCCUCCUCCCCCCCCUCCUCCUCCAGGACUGGGGGGUCUAAUGUCCUCUCCUACCCCACACGUGCUUCCGUUCGGCCUUCAGCCUAAAAAGGAGUUUAAGCCUGAGACCAUCAUGAAGCGCCUCAACUGGUCCAAGAUCCAGCCACAGAAAAUGACCGAGAGCUGUUUUUGGGUUAUAGCCAAAGAAGACCGGUACGAGGACGAGGAUCUGCUCUGUCGUCUCGCUUUCACCUUCGGCUCUCACAGACCUGGGCGCAGGGAUGCGGAGGAGCACGAAGAACAGAAGUUUAUCAAGAAAAGAAUCAAAGAGCUGAAAGUGCUGGAUCCGAAGAUCGCCCAGAACCUCUCCAUUUUCCUAGGUUCCUUCCGUCUGCCGUACGAGGAGAUACGGAGGAUGAUUGUGGAGGUAGACGAGGAGCACCUAACAGAACCUAUGAUCCAGAACCUGGUGAAGCACCUUCCUGACCAGGAGCAUCUCAAUGCACUGGCCAAGUAUAAACACGAGUACACCAGUCUGUCUGAACCGGAGCAGUUUGGGGUUGUGAUGAGCGAUGUAAAGCGCCUGAGGCCGAGGCUGAACUCCAUCCUGUUUAAGCUGCAGUUUGAGGAACAGGUGUGCCACCUGAGGCCCGACAUUCUGGCGGUGAGCGCGGCGUGUGAGGAUGUGAGGAAGAGCAAAGCGUUCAGCAAGCUGCUGGAGCUCGUUCUGCUCAUGGGCAACUACAUGAACGCUGGCUCUCGCAACGCCCAGUCCUACGGCUUUGACCUCAGCUCCCUGUGCAAGAUGAAAGACACGAAGUCGGCCGAUCAGACGUCUACACUGCUUCAGUUCCUGGCCGAGGUGUGCGAGGAGAAAUUCCCCGACGUUCUUAAGUUCGUCGAUGACCUGCAACACGUGGAAAGGGCCAGCCGAGUCUCGGCGGAGAACCUGGAGAAGAGUUUAAAGCAGAUGGAGAAGCAGCUGCUGCAGCUGGAGAAAGAUCUGGACACCUUCAGCUCCCCUGACAACCAGGAUGACAUGUUCUACAACAAGAUGGCCAGCUUCUUCACCCAUGCGAAGGAACAGCACCAGAAACUGGAUGCCAUGCACAGCAACAUGAACACGCUGUACUUGAACAUGGUGGAGUACUUCGCCGUCGACCCCAAGAAGACCUCCGUGGACGAGUUCUUCACAGACCUGAGCAACUUCAGAGCCAUGUUUGUGCAAGCGGUGAAGGAGAACGGGAGGAGGCGGGAGGCGGAGGAGAAGCAGAGGAGGGCAAGGGCGGCGAAAGAGAAGGCCGAACGCGAGAAGCAGGAACGACAGCAGAGAAAGAAGAGGCUGCUGGAGGUCAACGCAGAAAAAGAUGAGACUGGAGUGAUGGACAGUCUGCUGGAAGCGCUGCAAUCCGGGGCAGCUUUCCGAGACCGGAGGAAGCGAGCACCCAGGCCCCGAGAUGAAGCGACUCAAAUGGUCAACCAAAGGCCAGUUCUGAAAGACUGCAACCAUGAAAACACAAAGGUACCCCUGCAAAGGUCACGGUCUCGGCAGAAUAUCAAUUUCAGCUCGGCGCGAGCCCCCGCUUCCAAAGAGGCUCAUUACGAGAGUGAGGCCCAUUCAUCUGCGCCGCGGAGACCGGCCCACCGCCCAGAGAGCGAGCGAAAUAGCGAGAAGGAACAGACUCCUCCAAGCUGCCUGGCUAACGGAGAGACCGACGUCGAGGCUCUUCUAGCCCGGCUCCGCGCCCUGUGACGACCUCGUCUCCAUUAACCGCCGCACUUUAACCUCUCUGUUUCGUGUGACCUGCCAUUUCUCUUUGCUCUAGCGAUAACAGCCGGGGCGUGAGCACCCAAACGGACAAAAAGUCUCCGGAAUUAACCUUUCCUUUAACGUGUCUCCGACCAAAUAGUUUCGCUCAGGCCGAGAAAAAAAAACACACUCCGAACGUACGAGUAAAGACGUAAGCAGAGAUAAAGCGUAUCCUUCGACAACACAGCGGUACAGUGCUGCUGAUCUGAAGCGGAAAACCAAUAUAGACACUACAGCACCUCGUCUUAAAUGCAAUGUGCGCACUUUCGGAUUUUUUAUUAUUAUUAUCAUUAUAACUCUAUGCAAAAUGUCAGGGCGAAUUGUUUUAAAGAAUUGCCCCUAGAGGUAGUACGUAUGUAGUGCGAUAUUCCUCAUAGUAGAAUUGUUUGCGAGAUAUAUUUCAGUUCUGUAGAUGGAAAAAGAAAUGUAAAAAUUCUUACCAGGCAAAGCGGCACAGCGAACCCUGUGCCAUUUUCUUAAUAGUCUGUUAAAUUCCAUAUAAUCAUCCUUUGACACUCGCUCAGGACCAAGAGCUCCGAAAGCAAUUUUCGAAAAACGCAGAGCAAGUCAUGUUGAGUGAUGAGUACUUUUAAUUACAUUUUUUUUUUUUCCUUCUCUCCUCCUCAUUCUGUAAUUCCUCACUAGUUCCCCCUCUGUACAAUACCUUUUCCUGCCUAUUGACGGCUAACACGUGAAGUCCGACGCUACAAUGUUACAGGCUAGCUGGACACUCCAUGCUAAUGAAAUUCCCUUCCCUGAGUUUCCCUGAGAACGAUUCGUUUCCUCAAGGCCUCCACGGCACGGAUGGUCACGGCUUGUUACGUUUUCCUCGACGUCGCUUUUUGACUGAAUACGGUAUGAAUUCCGCCAUGAUUGCGGUUUGUAUCAGUAACAUUGUAUCGCCCCACCCUCACACUUUUGGUACAUAUGAUAUACAUGUUCACGGUCACGUUUGUGCGCUUCGUCAUAUAUUAUCUCUUAUUAUAUUAUUAUAUCAUAUUAUUCUCAAAGCUCCUUCCCUUCCCUUCUCUGAACAAACGAAUUCUUGUGAUCUGAUUGACCUGUAAUUCUCUUUCCUUGUCAUCGUGUUAUUAUCUUGUCUUUUCCCGAUUUAAUAAUCAUCAUCGUCUCACGCAGCAUUGUCUUCAAACUUCAAAAUUGUCUUUAAACGGUGAGAAAACGAUCGUUUUGAUAUAAAAAAAGUCGUCUUUUUUUUUUUUUUGCUUACAUUUUGUGUAAAAAGUGUGACUUUCUGGUGUCAUUUAUAUUAAAGAAAAACGAACUCUGA